UCAAGAUGGCGGCCGGUUAUCGCAUGUAAAUACUACCAAACUACUGCUGAUUUACCGCCUUCUUGCGUGCUUCAAGUCAUUGUAAGGAUAUAGUAAGCUCAAUUAUUACUUCAAAGGAUGUMUAAGGAAGUUUCUGUUGAAGUGAAAUCGUUUAUUCGAGCGAUACUGCUGUCUUCUCCAAAAGGUGUCAAACAGACUCAGUUUCAUCGCGAGUAUGAAACCUACGCGAAAUGCAAAAUUGAUUGGAGAAAGAUGGGGUUUAAUGGCCUCUAUGAAUUCCUUCUGGCUAUACCAGACGUUGCUAGACUUGAAUAUUCGAAGAAAGAUGCACAAAAUCUUAUAUUUGGUGUGAACAAAAAGGACAUAUAUGCCUCAAGUCAUGCAAAGAAAGCUGGCAUGAAAGGGAUUGGGGAGAAGCCCAGGCAUCCUUCCCAAUGGGAUAAAAAACCUGCAACUACUUCACCAAAUAAAACAAAAGAUAAGCAGGUUAAGAAAAGAACUGUUGAUGUCUCUAAGGACGCAACAUCUGUUAAAGUAACUGUUGAUAAUGUUAAUGGUGAAGUAUUGGCUCCAAAUGAACAAGGACUGUAUGCAGUUCAUAUCAAGGACUUGCCAAGCAUGUGCACACAGGAAGAAUUAGAGAUGAUAUUCAAGGAAUACUCAUCAUUCAGAUUUUGUAAAAUUUUUCCAUCCAAUAGCAGAAAUYAUCGUUUUGCAUUUGCCAAGUUUUCUAAUCAGGAUGAUGCAGUCAGGGCAAUGAGAGAGAAGGAACGGUAUAAACUUAGAGGUUCAAUUUUAAAACUAAGCAAAGCCACAGAACAAAAUGUGACAUCAAAACAGUCUACUAACGAGAAUAAGACCAACUCUGCCCAAAUAUCAAAAGUUAGUCCUCCAAAAAAUAAUGGAAUGACAAAUUCCAUAUCAACACAUGACAAGAAGUUGAGUACCAGUAGUGACAUUAUAUCUGAGAUUGAGCUUAUGCAACUUUAUUCAAAAUAUGGGAUGGUAAAGAAUAUUGAUGUCCAGCCAGACAGAAGCGUAUCAUUAAGUUUCUCUUCACCUGAGGAAGCUCUAACAACUGCGAAGUACAUGAAAGAGUUUUCAUUUAAUGGCUGCACACUCAGUUUAUCAAACCCUCAAGGAAGCAAUGUUACUGUAUAUAUAGAUGAUCAAAAACCUGGCCAAGCACAAAAUAUAAGAUUUCCAAAUAAGGAAUCACCUUCUAGUUUUUCCUAUCCCUCAAGUCUUGAUAGAUCUUCAACCUCAAGUUCUUCAAAAGAAAAUAUUCCCAACUCUCAAAACUCAUUUGGUUUGCCACCACAUACUGGAAGACCAGGAUUGCCGGCCCCGGUCAGUCAAGGGAAUUAUUCUCAUCAAGAUCCUCGACAAAUUAAAGGACAUUUACAGCUAAACCAGCAACAGCAAUUACAGCAACAACAGCAAGUACAUCUUCAUCAGCAGCAACAGCAACAGCAAAGACCACCACAACAAAGGCAACAACAAGCACUACAACUACAACAACACCAGCAACAACAACCACAACAGCCAAGACACCAACAAAACCAACAACAACACACCCUAUCAACUACUUCAUCUAUYAAUGUUCCUAUUCCUUUAAAAUCUCUAGAAAAGGAUGUUCACUUAAUAUUGAACAAAGAAGACAUGGAGCGRAUGUGUAAUGCCAUUGGGCAUCCUCUGGAGCAAAAGAUGAAAGGACUAUCGGAUGAAAUAGAUAUACUUGUCACAGAAGUAGUGGAUGCUUGUCGUUUUUGGGCAAUUAUUGAUAGCAAGACUGGUAAUUGGCAGCAGCUUGAACAACUAGAACAACACCUACAGAAUGGCUCCMCCAAGAAAUCUGUUGUUCCAAAGAGGUUUACUCUAGGGGCAGCAAAAUUCACUGAGAACAAUGUGUGGUACAGGUGUUUUGUUCUGGAUGUUUCAUUUGAUCGUCAUGCCAAAGUACUGUAUUUAGACUAUGGUAAUGUUGAAUGGAUUCCCAUAGAGAGGUUCUCGUCUUUAGAGUCAAUAUACCUGUCUCUUGCCCCUCAAGCAAAUGCUUUUCACUUAGCCGGUUUGUCAAUCAACUAUAGUUCAUCAGACUCUUUGAAAGAGGGUGCAAAGUACUUGAAAGAUUUGAUCGGAGACAAGACUUUAAGGGCAAAGAGAAAAUYACCAGCUAGUCCAAACCAGGCUCACAUACUAGAAGUUGAACUGUUCACUAAAACAACACCCAGUGUAUGUAUAAAUGACAAGAUGGCUGCUACUCCAUUUGUAUGCAAGACUGAAUCUAUUCCAAAAUCCCCAUCAAGUUCUCUUAAUGCUCCUAACAUUGCGCAAACAUCACCAAAGARUGUGAAAAUCAAGUUGAAGAUUUCAUGGGUACAAAGUGCAUCCCACAUUUUCUACCAUAAAGUUGGAUCCGAAAACAUUUUGAAGCAAAUCAGUGAUUUGUUAAAUGCUAUACCAUCAUCUGAGAGAGUGUUYCCCAAAGUAGGGGAAACCGUCUGCUACGAGGUUAAGGAUCAUUCCAGAAAACGAGUGCAGAUYCUUGACCUUUCAUCGUUAGCUGGAGCAAUUACCACGGCAAAGGUUAGGUGUAUUGACUAUGGUAAUUGCAUUCGAGAGAAGGAAAAUUUAACGACUUCUUUCACUUAA